UCGAAACCGCGAGUCCGCUGCCCUAACCACUGGGCCAUUGCGCCUCCACUAUGUUUAUGUAUAAACAUGCAUACACACGUAUUUCUUCUGUUCAUCUCUUUUAUAUUUCUUUCUUUACAGUUGUGCUGAAUGUUCCGUUACAACCUGUCAUACAAAAUGUCCGAUUCCACCAGAACCAGAACACUUGCUACCAGUCAUUUAUGGAUGCUCUCUCUCUGUUUGUAGCCUACAUAACGUCUAUUAACUAAAAUCCACAAUAUAGAAUUUCUUUUUUAUCUACAAUAUGUGUGCCACUCAGAUAUGCCUCAGCCAGUAACAAAUACUCUAAGUGCUAUGUAGAAAAUGUAUCUGCAUUGCAUAUUUCCUACACAUGUAAACAGAGUCCCAUGAGAUGGAUAUCAUAAGACAAGAAACUGAACCAUAAUAGAUUAUAACCACAGGCAUCAGUUUUCAAGAAUUCCUCCAGAGUUAAUAUGGAGGAUGGUAAUCACUCAGACAUUUCUAACACAAAUGUUUCUGACAAUAUAGAUUCUGUUAAACAGACAUCUGAUGCCGAGGAAGUUUUAUCUCAUAAAGAAAAGUCAUCAAAAACAAAUAUUAAUUGUGAAAUUUGUGGAAAAUCUUUUAUGAAUUCUAGUAAUUUAAAAAAACACAAAAGAUUACAUUCUAGAGAAAAACAAUUUCAAUGUGAAAUUUGUGGAAAAUCAUUGAAUCAGAAGUCACAUCUUGUUGUCCACGUCCGUAGCCACACUGGAGAAAGGCCCUAUCACUGUGAAAUAUGUGGGAAAAAAUUCGUUGAUAACAGUACUUUAAAAACUCACAAACAAAUACACACCGGAGAAAAAUCUUUUGACUGUGAAAUAUGCGGAAAGUCGUACACUCGGAAUUCUCGUCUCGUCAUCCACAAACGUAGUCACACCGGAGAAAGACCUUUCCACUGUGAAAUAUGUGGAAAAACAUUUGUUGAUAAUAGGUACUUAACAAGUCAUGAAAGAAUUCACACUGGAGAAAAACCAUUCCAGUGUGAAAUAUGCGGGAAAGCUUUUAAUCAGAAUUCCAAACUUGUUAAUCACAUACGUAUUCACACCGGAGAAAAACCUUAUCACUGUGACACAUGUGGCAAAUCCUUUAUUAAUAAUACUUAUUUAACAUGUCACAAAAGAUUUCACACGGGGGAAAAACUGUUUCACUGUGACACAUGUGGGAAAUGCUUUGAGAAUAACGCCAAACUUGUUAUCCAUGUACGCAGUCAUACUGGAGAAAAACCAUUCCGUUGUGAAAUAUGUGGAAAAUCAUUUGUUAAGAAUUCUCAUCUUGUAGUUCACAAAAGAGUUCACACUGGAGAAAAGCCCUUCCGUUGUGAAAUUUGUGGAAAACCUUUCCCUGUCUAUUUUAAUUUGGUAGCUCAUAAAAGGACGCACACUGGAGAAAAACCCUAUAAUUGCGACACAUGUGGGAAAUCCUAUUUUAAUAAAUCACAUCUUGUUGGUCACAAAAGAAUUCACACAGGAGAAAAACCUUUCUUCUGUGAUGUAUGUGGGAAAUCUUUUUUCUCUAGCAGUAAUUUAAAAAGACACAAGAUAUUACACUCUGGAAAAAAAGCAUUCCACUGUGAAAUAUGUGGAAAAUCUCAUGUCACCAAUAGUGAUUUAAAAAGACACAAAAGAAGACAUGAAGGAGAUAAAACAUUUCACUGUGAAAUUUGUGGAAAAUCAUUCUUCGAUAAUUCAGAUCUUAUAGUUCAUAUCCGUAGUCACACUGGAGAAAGACCUUAUCGUUGUGAUAUCUGUGAGAAAUCAUUUAUGUGUAAAAGCCACUUGAAUAGACACAAACAAACACACAGGAGAUGAUAAUCAUCAUCAUCAUCAUCAUGGCUAAACAUUUGUUGUCCAUGUUGGCAUCGGUUGGCAUGGUGACCAAAGCUCACCAGACUCCAGUAUGCUUUGGCAUGGUUUCUGUGGCUGGAUGUCCUUCCUAAUGCCAACCACUUUACCAGGUGUGCUGGAUGCAUUUACGUGGUGUCCCAUAGGUGCUUUUAUAUGGCACCGCCACAAGUACUUUGCACGACCGGAAGGACCAGCCCUUAACACUUUUACUGCAGUGUAUGGGUUUUCUUGAGUAUGGCCAGGUGCCAUGUAUCUCAGUCUUUUGUCAUCUCACCUGAAAGGUUCAGCUUCCUGAGUUCAUUGUUCAGUAUGUAAUUUAUGACAAAGUAUUCACAUUUAUGUGCAAAUAAAAUUUUAUCUGAUCAAAAUCU